AUGGAGCUUUCAACUUUAAUAAUUGGAGCAGUCCUCUUCAUAGCUUACCGCAUCUACAAAGCAAACAGCGCACCCUCAGAGCCCAUCAUGUCGCAUGGAAAGGUCAUCAACGUGGACAAUGAGGUCAUCUUCAAGGCCCUCACCUCCGCCGGUCCUGUUGUUAUCGACUUCUACGCCACCUGGUGUGGCCCCUGUAAGGCAGUUGCACCCAAGGUUGGUGAACUCAGCGAGAAAUAUCAGAAUGUGCGGUUCAUUCAGGUCGACGUUGAUCAGCUGAAGGGGGUUGCUGGCCAGUAUCAAGUGACUGCCAUGCCUACAUUUGUCUUUUUGAAGGAUGGGAGUGAGGUCCAGCGAGUCCGUGGCGCGGACCUUCGAGCCAUGGAGGCUGCCAUCCAGGCUAUCUCCGCAUAA